AAACUUUUUUUUUUUUUUUUAAUAGCAUCAGCACUGACACCUCCUCCACUUACAGCACUAUAUCAGCUCCUUGACAGACAGGGAGACGGACAGACCGACAGCUGGUCUGUCUGAGAGCAAAGAACAAGUUCAGUGUGAGAUGAGAAGAGGGAUUUAACUCCAGCGAUGUUGAACCGACGGCUUGUGAGGGUGAGGAAUGCUCUGGUGCGAGAGUGCAUGGCUGAGUUCUUGGGAACUUUUGUCUUGCUGCUCUUUGGCUGCUCGGCUGCAGCGCAGGUAAAGACGAGCAGAGACACUAAAGGCCAGUUCCUCUCAGUCAACAUGGCCUUCUCUGUGGGCGUGAUGUCAGCAAUGUACCUCACCAAGGGCAUCACAGGUGCCCAUCUGAAUCCGGCGGUCACUCUGAGCUUCUGUGUGUUGGGCCAGGUGCCGUGGAGAAGGCUGGUGCCCUACUCCCUCUCCCAGCUGCUGGGGGCUUAUAUGGCGUCAGGGCUCGUCUACCUGGUCUACUACGAUGCUAUAAUGGAGUUCAGUGGCGGAGUGCUGACUGUAUAUGGCCCAAAUGAGACGGCGUCUAUAUUUGCCACAUACCCCUCAGAGUACUUGACUUUGGGCAGAAGUUUCCUUGACCAGGUCAGUGGGAGGAUACUUGUGACCUUCAGUGCAUUGACAGUUCCUCCUUUAUUUAACUCUAUAUUUAUUUACAUGUGUCAUCAGGUAGUGGGCACUGGCAUGCUGAUGUUGUGCAUCCUAUGUUUGGAUGAAAAGAGGAAUACUCCAGCCCCCUCAGAGCUGAUUCCUCCCAUAGUGGCAGUGAUCGUCCUGGGGAUCUCCAUGUCAAUGUCAGCUAACUGUGGUGCAGCAAUAAAUCCUGCUCGGGACCUGGGGCCACGCCUCCUCACACUGACUGCAGGCUGGGGCACUGAGGUGUUCACGUGCUACAACUACUGGUUCUGGGUGCCCCUGGUGGCCCCACUUCUCGGAGGUGUUAUAGGUUCUUUCAUGUAUCUGAUUUUCAUCCACUGGCACCUGCCUGACCCGGACCCUCCUGAGAGCCUCACCACUCUCUCCACCAUCAGUGACAAAAUCAAGCGGCCCAGCACAACGUGGGACAAGGACGUAGAGUUAAAAGCUUCACGGCUCUAAGUGUUAGUUACACACACUUCAAGAAAGUAAUCUGGUUGUUUGGGAAAGCAGAGGCACAUAUCUGAGCUUAUUGUUAGGACACACACAUCUCUGUUGGAGAAAUAACAGGAAUAUUGUAUUUAUAUGGUCUGCAGUGAGCUUCACAAACACAGCCAGUCGCUGGGAGGCGGCUCCCAGCUGGAGGCAGCUGACGGAGACAUUGAUUGUGUCAUAAUGCUGUUUACAUUGAUGUCUAUAUUGUUUAUACUAUUGAUUUUUCCUUAAAUUAUAUUACUGAGUUGUAUUUACUUUUUAUGAAAUGCCAUA